ACCAUACGUUUGUUUUGUUUAGGAAAUGUAACAUACUCAGACUUAGAUUGCUCAAUUUGUUUGUUACAUCCUAAAAUUUUAAUUGAUUUUUUCAUCGUGUUUGUUAUUGUCUUUGUUUGAACUUAUAUGACUGCAGAUUACAGUCUAAAGGAAAUGAUUAUUUGUGGAAUAAGAGCUUGAGUAUUAAGUGCUGUAGAUUGAGAAUUAAGAAAAGAUGCCAAUUGCAAGCACUAAUAGUGGACAUGCUGCUUUCCAGCAUGUGCGGGAUAAUAUUGAAGAUCUCAAUGGUCGAGUUGGUGCUAGAAAUACUGAUAUUAUUUUUCUGAAGGGUUUGAUGGAGUCACCUGUGGUUUGUUCUCUUGUGAAGGUGCAAGAUCAGUUAGAAGAAAAUUGUCAGUCUUCAGUACCUGUUGGCAUUGGUACUAAAUUGUUGAAAGAGGUCAGAAAGCUAUGUUACAGUACUAAAAGUAAAGAAAGUGUAGAAUUAGCAAAGUUAUUAGAUGAUCCUCACAUAGAAGCUAUGGUUGAAGCUCAUGACAUUGUUGCUGGUAAGAAAUAUGAUUCUCCUCGCCAGAGAGAGUCAUCUCCUCAAGUUGCAUCUGCACCAUUGAUUCAAAAUAAUGGUCCAACUACCGAAGCUAUCAGAAUGGUUGGAAUUCGCAAAACAGAUGAAGAACCAUUGGGUAUAACUGUUCGAAAUGAUGAUGGUCGUCUUGUUAUAGCCAGGAUUCUUGCUGGUGGCAUAAUUGAUCGUCAAGGCUUACUGGCUGUUGGUGACACAAUACUUGAAAUAAAUGGCGUAGAAUUGCAUUUUCCAGCAGAGUUACAGCAACAGCUUUCAAAAUCAUCAGGAAGUGUCACAUUUAAAAUUCGUCCUUCCAAUUCAGAUACUAUUUCUCCAGCUCAGACUUACGUGAAAGCGUUGUAUGCAUAUGACCCAUCAAAAGACUCGUUGCUACCAUGUAAAGAUAUUGGCCUUGCAUUUAAACAAGGAGAUAUAUUACAAAUUUUAAAUCAAGAUGAUCCCAAUUGGUGGCAGGCUCGACGGCUUGAUACUCUUGGCCAUGCUGGAUUAAUACCUUCUCAAGAGCUUGAAGAACGUCGCCGGGCUUUUGUUCGUCCUCAGUAUGAUCAUGCUACUAAAAGUACUAUGUGUGGGACAAAAAUCACUAAAAAGAAACGUAAGACUAUGUAUCAGAGCAGAGCUAAUGCAGAGUUUGAUAAAGCUGAGUUGCUUCUGUAUGAAGAAUGUGCCAAAAUGCCACCUUUUGAACGAAAAACUUUGGUACUGCUUGGGGCUCAAGGCGUUGGUCGCCGAACAAUGAAGAAUAAGCUCAUAAAGGAUGAUCCAUCCAGAUUUGGUACUCCAGUAGCUCAUACUUCAAGACCAAUUAGAGAGAAUGAAGAAGAUGGAAAGCACUACUAUUUUGUAACUCGUGAAGCUAUGGAGGUGGAUAUUGCUGAAAAUAAGUACCUUGAAUUUGGGGAGCUUAAUGGUCAUCUGUAUGGCACCAAAUUAGAAUCUGUUCGAGCAAUAAUACGUUCUGGCAAAAUGUGCAUACUUGACUGCAACCCACAAGUUCUAAAAUAUCUGAAGACGUCAGAAUUUAUGCCCUAUGUUGUUUUUAUUGCUGCCCCUCCAGUGGAUCAGCUAAGACACAUGCAUAUUGAUUCUGGAAGAAGUCAGAAUUGUAGCAGCAGAAAUCUUACAUUUGAUCGUGCUCUGGGCAGGCAUGGAUCAAGACGUGCAAGAACUUUGGAAAGUUUGGCUUCAUUAUAUGAGGAAGAAGAUCUUCGAAGUACAGUUGAAGAAAGUGCCAGGCUGCAGCGUGCAUAUGAAAGAUACUUUGAUUUAGUACUUCUAAAUUCAAAUUUUGAUAAAACUUAUGAAGAACUGAAAGCUGCUAUUGAUGCAUUAUCUACACAACCACAAUGGGUGCCUAUAUCUUGGGUUUAUUGAGGUUCAGCAAGAUUGUUUAUACUUGAAUAUAUUUUAUAAAAACAUGUAAUAAAAAAUUAAUUUUGAACUAUGAGCUCUGAUUUUAUGAAAACUGUUGAAUCUUGUUUACAUUAUAUGUGUGUCUGUGAUCAUGAGGGUUGAAUCUGUAGUAUGCUAUGUUGAUUAAUAGUUGAAAAAGGAAAAAUACUCCAUGUAAAUUUGAGCAUCACGGUUCAUAAUAUAGUUUGCCACCUUUCUCUUAUUUCAUCAAAGGGAAUGUUUAAGUUUCCCAAAGUAAUAAAACUCAAGAUUGUCUUCCACAUAGAGGGGGAAAGUGGGGUAAAACCGGAAAGUCAGGAGCAAACCGAGUACUCCCUUUUAGCCUCUAAGUGAUGCAAUCAUGUGGACAAGGGAUUAACUAUGUUCCACCUUGAUGAAGAAGCAGUGGCCAUUAAAUUAGAACUCAACAGACUCACUUCUUUCGUUCCUGUGAAGAAAAUUCCGUUUGAGUGGUUUUGCUUAAAAUUUUUGAACAAAACUAGACCGAUUAUACUAUGUUCAUGUUUCUGCAACAGUAAAGUUAUGUAGCUCUCCUUGUACAACGUUUAAUUACCUUAAAUCAAUCAUUAAAUUAAUAUCAUUAUUAUUCUAAGUAAUUGUCUGUAGCGUUCUGUAUAGUCAUAUGACGGCAUUUUUUAUGAAAACUGUAUGUGCGAGGCAAAACCGGGUAUUACACCCAUACACUGAGAGAAAGAUACAACUGAAGGAGGACAAGAGAAAGGGAAAAACUCAUUUUGACGGGCUCCCCAUACAAGCUUCAUCUUCAGGCAACAUUAGAAGAAAAGAAAAGGAAAAAUGAUGGAAAGAGGCCCAAAGAUGGACGGAAGAAAAAAAAUACCUGAAGGAAAGACAAACAAAUCAAAGAAAAGGCAACAUUAUGAAGAUGCCAAAAAGGAAGACGUCCAAAGAAGAAGCAUCCAAAAUAAGCGUAAGAAAUAAGCAUGCAAAAAAACAAAAACCGAAAGAGCAAAUGAGGGAUGAAUCCAGUGAAGAGGAUGACAAUACUCCCUGCAUUUACUGCAAUGAGCUUUAUUUGGACUUCAAGGGUGGUGAGGGAUGGAUCCAAUGCAGUCGUUGGGCCCAUGAAAGCUGCCCUGGGGCCGAAAAGGAAGAUAACUAUUUUACUUGCGACGUGUGUCAAUAGGCCUUAUAGCACAGCAAAAAAUUAAAGGUAAAGACAAUUAAAUUUACGGACAGCUCAUCAAUAUAUGUCUUUUUAUGCUUAUUCUAUUAUGUUAUGACAAUAGUUAACAUACGUUACUAAGUAAAGCUUGAUUUUUGUGGAAAAUUUUAAAAUUGUUAUUUUCCCAAAGCAAUAACAUGUCUGCCCGGUUUUACCCUACUAGUGGGGCAUAACCGGGUAGAAUGACUUUUUUACAAAAAAAAUAAUAAUAAUAAUAAUAAAAAUUUGAAAAAAAAAAAAAAAAAACAUGUAUGUUUUUGAAACUGGUUGCAUUAAUAGUUUAGUAGUGCAUACUUUUGCGAAAUUUUGUUCCUUUACGCUAAAAACUGAUUUCUGGAAGCCUGCAAACCUUAGGGUCCCAGAUUUACCCCAUUUUCCCCUACUUUUGUUUUCUGGAAAGCGCUUAUCAAUUCAUAUAAUCAAACCAUGUAUUAAUUAAACAAUUUAAAAUGGUUUUGCAUAAUUUGAAUGUAUCAUCUCGAUUGUUUUAGUUCUCAGUCUUACCCCUUGACAUAUGAUAACGUCCUAGAGCCGUCUGGUAUAUGGCGGCACUGAAAUAAAUGUGUUGAAGACAUCAAAAUCUACAAUGGUAUAUGAAAUGAAUGACGUCAGGAAACGAAUGUCAAGUCACAUUUAUUGUAGAGUUAUUGUAACUGUAAGUGAUUUUAUUUGUAUGUUAAGGGAUUAACACUGUUCAGUUGAGAAAGAAAGUGGAUUGUAUCAAAACUCACUUUCAUUUUUAUUGCAUUGUAAAAAGUCAAUGAGAAAGUGACCAAGUUUCUUAGUAGUUUUAAAUUUUGUUUUUGCAUAUGCCAAGUGUAGUUUGGGAAUUUUCUUUCUUGUUUAUUUUCAGAUAUUGUAUUUAUUCAUAAAUAGUUGAAGCUUAGUAAAUGAAUGUGUUAAGUGAUUGUUUUGAAGAAAUAGAUAUUUUCUCAACAAAGACGAAACUGCAAUCUCUGGGUGUCGUAACCAGUGUAGGUAUAAUACGUUAAAAGUGUUUAAAGUUCAGCACAAAUGCUUAAAGACAUGGAGGAUCACAACCCUAACACUUUCAAACAUAAUCUGUAACUAUGUUUUACAGACUUCAAUCACCGAAUAUUACUGUCUUGACUGCCCUUUUUCCUAUUUGUAUGCUCAUAUUUUUAAAAGGGCACCCUCCAAAGUCAGAAUUUGGACUAACGCUUGUCUUACAUCAACAAUGCAGUAUUAGGCAGAAAAAUGCUGAUGGUUUAGCAUGGGGAAAUGUAAGGCAAAUAGUUUUGAGAAUUUUUAUUUGUUGCAUAACACAAUCUUUUAUUUAGCUCUUUAACUAUACAUCUAAAAAUUUUGUGUAUUUAAUGAGAGAAAGGCAUUAAAUCAAGAAUAAGCAUUUUCUUAACCAUGUUGAUAGACAGUGUAAAGAAAUCAACAUUUCAGUUAUAUCCCUUCUUUUUUUGUUAGAAAACUGCAACAGAUCUUGUUUAAAACACUAAAAUAAUAACCUGAUGAUUUAUUUUUGAAAAUUUUUCCUAAAUAGUUUUUGUAAGUUAAUAAGUUUAUUUUAAGGUGUAUUUUGAUAUUUUAUGUAAGAACCUUUAAUUUUUAAUUCAAGUUUGUUAAAAAUCAAUACAUUAGACUAUACUUAGUAACACUGGAACUGAAGGGGAAAAAAAUAAUUAUUUUUGUCUGUAGUUCCAGCUGAAAAUAUAUCUAUAAUCCUUACCCUUACAUUAUCAAAUACUUUUCUUGCAGAGAUUUUCAUUCUAAAUCAGUGGCAUACUUUUUUUUACUUAUUUUGAAUAACUAUAACAGAUGGUUUUUAAUAAGAGAUAUCCAUGUACGAGUUCUCAUUAUUUAGUUUCAAAAUAUUCCUUUCAAGCUUUUUUUUUUUUUCAUUUGACACUUACAUGUUAAAUACCAAUGCAUUGAGUGUAAUAAACAUGCUUUGAGAGGACAUAUAUAAUUUAUCUAUUGUGCUCAGCAUAGUUAUCUUUUCAUUCAUUCACAAACAAUUAAGUUCCUAGUUAAAUUUGCUUCUGUAACAGCCAUAGCAACCUGGUUAAUUAAAAUUUUUGCCUUUUGAAAGUUGUCAGAUAAGUAUAAACCAUACUUAAGGGGUUGAAUACUUAUAGUAUUUUAGUAAAAAAAUUAUAUUGUGAUAAGAAAUAUGGGUACAAAACCAGUUUGAAAGGUAAUUUUCUUUCAAGACUUGUCCCAUAAGUUGUAUUGUUGUUACAUAUGCCUACCCGGAACUCAAUCCAUGAAGAUUUAGCAGCUCAAUACUUCACGAGUGAAACAAGGAACAGAAAUGCAAUAAAGAAACUGGAUAAGCAUGAUAUACAAAUGAAUAAACAAGAAAGGGAGAAGAGUUGAGCUGAAUCAAUAACUGUUCAUAAGAGUUUUGGCAGUUCAAUAUAAUUUGGGUAUUUUUCCUAAUCUCUGAGCCUUUGGAUGCCUGCACCUGGCCUGUGCACUUAAGAAGGUGUUCUGAUUUAUAGGAUCCACUUUGCAGAAUUUACAAAUGUUAAGAGUAGUUUACUUAGUUUGUUAAGAUGUUCUGCUAAGCAGUUGUGGCUAGUCCUUAGUCUGAAUUUUGCCACAGAUUCUUUACAGGAUCCAUGACAGCAUGAUUUCCAGCUAGUUUGGACACUCGCCCACAAUUUUCCCAUUGACUUAACAGCUUGGACUGACUUGAGAGUAUCAAUAUUUUUUCUAUAACCGUAUCCUUUUAGUGAAUCUAGAGGAAUAAGAUUGUUAUUUUGUGAUUGAAAAGGUCAUCUCUUAUUCAACGAACCUGCCUUUUUGUUGCCGUCGAUUCCCAUGUGCAAAGGAAUCCAUUUUAGAUUUUGCCAGAAUUUCCUAGUGAGUUUAAAGUCUGCUUAAAUUUCAAUACUGUUUGAGUUUCCUUAUUUUCACAAACAAUAGCAUUCAAACAAUAGCAUAAUAUAAAAUUUCAAUUCAGUAGGCUAUAAAAAUAGGCUUACCUUUUUUCAUGCUGCAAUCUGUUUGUUCUUUUCUACAUCAGUAGGUCGGUUAAUUCUUGCUGAAACUCAUAUCUGAACUCAUAUUAAUCUGAGGCCUGAAAAAAGGACUACACAAAACUUCUAUCAACUAAACUAUAUUACUAUUUUACAUGUUAUAUUUACAAUUAAGGAGAAAACAUUCCGAAAAUUGACAAAACAUAAUCCAGGAGUUUACAUUGUACAGCUUGAGGUUUUGAAGUAUUACUUAAUUCUGAUCUCAAGGUUCGGAUAGAAAGUUAUUUAUUCAGUUAAAGUGGAUGAAAUUAUUCUGAGAGGAAAAAUAAGGGAGAGGGAAUUGAGUGUUUGCUAAGUCUAUACUGAUUUGUGGCAGCUGCCUGAAUGGCAACUGAAGAGUCAUCUAAGAUGACUGGAAUAGUGAGACACUUUUUUGUCGUGUGAUUUUCCAAUGUUCAUGAAAGAGAAAAACCUUGGCAUGAAAAUUCAACGUGUAACAUCGGACCAAUGCAUACUGUGAGAAGUCUUCGGUAUACAUUGGCUCCAGCAUGAUCUUGCAUCAUAGUGUCAUCUAAGCCAUUCAGUUCAAGGAUAUUGUUUUUGCAACAUACAUAAUAAGUUCAUAUUUAAUAUAGUGUCUGGCAAGUCUUUCUUCUUCUAGCUGGUUCUCAAUAUCCAUGGUCGAGGGCAAACCAGCAACUUGUUAAGUUCUUCAGUUCCCUUGUAUAAUGGAGUAGUUUGUUACAAGCUUCUUAGAAGAAACUUGCAUUUUUAAGGAGCUUGUUUUGCAUUCAUUAAUUCUCUACACUCUUUCUAAUGCUUUCAUUUUAAUGUAUGAGCCAACAGCCUGUUUCCUAAUCUCUGUGGUAAUUAGGAGGUUGUAAUUAUAGAUUUGCAUCACAGCUAUUGGAGUGGUCUUGACUGCUACAGUAAUAAUGCAAUGGGCUCUGUUGAGGACCUUCUCUAUUGUCAGUUUUUCCAUGAGCAGCAGCAAUCAAGACCUCACUACCGUAUUUGAUAAGAGCCUAACAUAAGUGAUGUAAAUUUAUUAAGAGUAUAUUAUACACUUACCCAUUUAGCACCUUCUAAUUUUUCCGUAAUCGAAGUUCUCUUUUCUCCUUUUUCUUUUAUAUUGACAUGGUCAGCAAAGUUUAGUUUGUUGUCUAGUACUAUACCUAAACAUGUAGUGCUAGUGCUUGUUUGAAAUACUGCAUUAUCUAUUUUAAAGGUGAAGUUUGCAUUAACCUGUCUCAGGGAGAAUAACCCAUAAACUUUCAAGUUAUAUAUACAAGUACAAAUCUGACAACCAGCAACAGGCUCUUGGCCCAACUAGGCUGGACCUAGUAUAUUUAUUAGUCCUCAAUGACGAUCAAUGGCCCACUUAAAGCUACCCACCUCCUUGCUCAUUACCACCUCUUCUGAUAAGCUGUUCCACAUACACAAUCUAAAGUAGUAGUUUUUCCUUAUUUCCAGGUUAGCCUGAGAUUUAAAUAACUUAAAACAAUGACCCAUUGUCCUGCUUUCUGUGCUAAAAUUUAAUCCAUUAACAUCAUUCAUUUUGAUAAAUUUAAACAACUGAAUCAAGUCCCCUCUGACCCUCCUUUGCUCCAGGCUGUUUGGAUAUAAAAGAAAGAGUUAUAUUUCAUUUGUUACAUCAGUUUAUUCUGUAACUCUAACGAGAGACUCAUUCCUUGAAUGAAUAAAAAUGACAACAACGUGUAUGAAGUACAAAUAAAGUAGUAUAAAAGAGUUUAAAACUCAGCAAACAGCUGUUUCGGGGCUGUCACAUGCAAGCCCCUUCAUCAAUGCAAAAAAGAAAAAUUAAAAGUCCACACAAUGUGAACCAAACGAUAAAUGAACAAAAAAUGGAAGGCAGCAAAGUAAAUAGGAAUGGAAAUCGGAAACACAUGCGUCACAGAACACCAACGACACCUAUAGUGCAGAAAAACAUCACAAACAGGAAAAAGUACUUUUUUCUGUUUGUGACGUUUUUUAAGGAUUUUUGUUGGUAACUAGGCAUUUUAAGUUCAAAGCUUAAAUUAUAAGUAACAUCAGAACAGUUUCAAAAGCUACGUAUCAUUCCAAAUACUGUAAAUAAAUAUCUUUUGAAAAGUUUGACAAUCAUUUAAAGUAUUUUUUGUAGAUGGAAUAUUAACUCUUUGCAGCCAAAACAUAGAUGCACGAAUGUCCUCCUGUAUGUGUAAUCUUGGGCAUGUUAUCUGUCUUCAACUUGAAACCACAGAAUGUAAUCAAUGUCUGUAGUUUGUCAGGUUUCCAUGUUCUAAUUGAUGCUUAUAACCUAUUGUUUGGGCAGCUGUCUGUUGACAAGUAUCCAAAUUUGUAAUAAAGUUUGGGCAUGUUCUAGCACCGAGCUGUUCUCUCAGGGUUAAAUUGUAAUUUUUUGUCUUAAACUGAGCAUUGUUCUGUACCGUUGACUCUUAAAAAGUUGUAAAACCUGGUGAAUAGAUGUUACUGAUGACAAUUUUAAUAAUGCUUUGGUGCUUAUAAUGAAAAUAAAGCUUUGUAUUGCAUUAUUAGAUGAUUUUAUCUCUCAAAUUUUUUCUUGAGAUAUAACAAACUAUGUUUAUUUAAAAUAUUCAUUAUGUUUAAUAUUGGGAGUGAUUUGUUUCAUAGGUUUUAAGAAGAAUCUCUUGUACAUUGCUUUUUUUUUCUUUCUUAGGUGGUGUUAAGGAGUUUUACUUCAUUUUAAAAUAUUUUGAUAUUUUAAGGAGUUGGUAGAUUUUUAUUUCUGUAUUUCAAACGUUUUUACUCUUGUUUGUCUGUCUAUAUUGCAGUUCUUUUAUAUAUUUUUUUUUAACCUAUAUUGUGUGAUAAAUAAUGUUUUGAACAUUAUCAAGUCUGAUAAAUGUCGGACCAGUUAUUGUGUUCACUUAAUUUUGAAACGUUUCAGAUUGAGUUUUUUAAAUAGCUAUCUUUUUUGUUAAAUUUAUUUUUACUGUUACAUAAAUGAACAUAAUUUAAGUGCAAAUAAGUGCUUUAUAUUAUAUUCCAUUAACAUUCCAUUUCCACGAUAUAUUUAUACAGAACGUUUUAUAUACCUUGGGUGGUUUUUACAACUACUGUCAUUCUAGCAAUCAUCAUAUCAUUGUCUAACCUUUUUUUUGCCUCAUCACUUAUAUUUUGUUCUGAGAGUUUGAAAUAAAUUUCUAUGAAUAUGUU